AUGAAAAGAAAAAGUAGUCAUCAUCAAAGCAAUAAUAAAUACGACGACAAUGAAAGUACUAAUAAAUAUGAUGAUAAAUCAAAAAGUAAACACAAAGGUUCAGAUAUAAUAACAAGUAAUGGUGACAAGAAAAGGGAUGAUAGUUAUAGAAAGAAAGACGAUGACAAAAGAAGCUCCAAAAAAUAUGAACGUAAAAAUGAUAAUAGUAUAUAUGAAAAUCGAAAAAACCAUGAGAAAAAAGAUGAUGAAUAUUCAAAAAAUGAUAACAAUAUGAAUAAAAGAUAUGAACAUAAAAAUUAUGAUGAUGAAAAAAUAAAAAAAAAAUUAAAAACAUCUGAUAAAUAUGAAGAAAAAAAAUAUUCUAGAAAAAGAAGUAGUGAUAAUAAUAGAAGUGAUUAUUAUUAUUAUAAUAAUAAAUAUGAAGAAAAAAGAAAAGGAAAAAAUACCAAUAAUCAUGAUAAAAAAUAUGAUGAUAAUAGUUAUACAUCACAUGAAAGAAAUUCAUAUGAUAGAAGAUCAUCAAGUUAUAAAUAUAAAUCAAGACAUAGAGAUGUAUCACAAAUUAAUAACAAAAGAAUGAGUAAUAAAUAUAAUGAUAAUUAUUAUUCAGAUUCUUCAAAUGAUAAAUAUUCUCGUUAUAACAAAAAAGAUUUUUAUGGAAGAAAUAAAAGUAGAAGUGCUAGUCGAGACAAAUCUUAUAACAAUAAAUACUGUAGAAAAAGUAUUGAAGGAAUCAAAAAAAACAGACAAUCAAGUUAUAGAUAUGAUGAUAAAAGAGAUAGUCACUUAAAUAAUUAUCACCCUCAUCAUGGUAGUACUAUAAAAAAUUCUGCUCCUGAUGAUGCUAAUGAUGAUCAUGAAAAUGAUAAUAGUUAUUAUUAUAAUGAAUAUUAUAAAGGAAAUAAUAAAACUCGUGAUAGGCAACCACUAGGAGGAAAUGAAAAUGAUACCAAAGAAGAAAGAGAAAUACAAAAUGAUGAAAUAAAUGAAGAAGAAAGAGAUGUGCAAAAUGAAUACGAUGGAGAUUAUUAUAUAUCUGAAUCUUAUCAAUAUAAUAAUAAAUAUGAUUAUAAAAAAAAAGGGUAUGAACAAGAAAGAAGAAAUAAAUCAACAUAUGAAGAAGAAAAUGAUAAAGAUUAUGAAAUAGAAGGAAAUGGAGAUAACGAAUAUACAUCUAACAUAUAUCAUCCAAAUAAAAAAGAUAAUUAUAAAAGUAAAAAUUUUAAUAAUGUACCUUAUGAUCAAAAAAUGAGUAAUAGAAAAAAUUUAAAAUCUAGAGAUAAUAAAAUGAAAAACAUAAAAAAUAUGAAAAAUGUAAAUGGACAGAAUAAUAAUAUGUUAAAAGGAAAUAUGCAUGAUGAUAAUAAUUUUAUGUAUUAUAAUAAAAUGAAUGUUGAACAAGAAAUGAAUACUGAUGAAAAUUAUAUUGAUAAUAAUGAGGAUAAUUAUAUAGAUGGUAAUACAAAUAAUAAUUUUAAAAACUAUACAAAUAAUCAUAUGAUGGGUAAUAUGAAAAACUUUCUUAAUUCAAAUAAACCAAAUAAUAACAACAACAAUAAUAAUAAUAAUAUGAAUAAUAUGAAUAAUACAACAUUUAAUAUGAUAAAUUUUAAUAAUAGUAAUAAUAUUAGUGGUCAUCCAUUUAAAAAUAAUAUGUAUAAUGAAGGAUCUAUAAAUGGAGUUAAUAACCAUUCUAUUAAUAAUAAUAUAAACAUGAUACCACAAGAUGAUCAGAAAGAUUUUUUUAAUCCUUUAAAAAAAAAUAGUAAUUUACAAACUACACACAUAGAUGCUAGUAAUAAUAUCAUACCACCUCCACCAAGUACAGAUAAUAGAUUUUUUAAUAUUAAUAGAAAAAAUUUAUUAUUAAUUCCUAAUGAUAAACAGAUGAAAAUUAAUAAUAUGGGUAAUACAACAGGUAUGCCAUAUAAUCAUAUUAAUAUGAUAAAUAAUCCAAAUAUGAUAAAUAAUCCAAAUAUGAUAAAUAAUCCAAAUAUGAUAAAUAAUCCAAAUAUGAUUAAUAAUCCAAAUAUGAUAAAUAGACAAUCUCAAGUUGGACUUAUGAAUAAUAGCUUUAUCGAAUUUGAAAUGAAAGAUAAAAAUAUAGAAAAUAGUAAUAUGAAUAAUCAACCAAAUAUAAAUAUUAUGCCAAAUAAUAAUAUACCACCCCCACCAGAUACAGAUAUAAAUAAGAACAAAAUGAUUGUUCCUCCACCUUAUGCAAGUGAAAAUAUACCAUCUCUUAAUCCACCUCCCCCAAAUUUUCAUAGCACUGUAAUAAAUAGAAAUUCGAUUCCAUCCAUGUACCCCACUUCAUUAAGAAGUAAUAGUAUGAUAAACAAUAAUAUGAUGAAUGCUGAUGGUAUAGUUUUACCUCCAAAUAUGAACCAUCCUAAUAAUAUGAUGAAUGUAACAAAUAAUAUGAUGGUGAAUUCCCUUCAUAUGAAUAAUGAAAUGAAGAAUAUGUCAUUUAAUAAAAAUAUGAAUAUAUCAAAAACAACAAAUAAUAAUGUGGUUCUUACUAAAAAUGUAAAUAGUUUAAUCAAUAUGCAAAGGGAACCCCCUUUAAAUUCAUUUAAUAAUCCUUUAGGUUUUAAACCUUUCAAUUAUGAUGACCCAAAUAAUAUUCCUAUCAAUUAUGAAGAAGGUGCAUGGUUUAAUAAUAAUCAAAUGAAUAAUGGUAAUAAUAAUAUGUAUAAUAUCAAUGAUACUAAUUUAAAACCUAAUGAAGAUGCUAUUCGUAUGAGUGAAAUAAACGACAAUAAUAAUAAUAAUAAUAAUGAUGAAGAAAAAGGAGAAGAAAUAGAAGAGGAAGAAGGAGAAGGACAAAGACAAGGUGAAAGAAGUGAAAAAAAAGAGAAAGAUAAUAAAAACAUGUUAAUACAAACACAUCAACACAACGAUGAAUUAUUAUCAAAUCGAAAUGAUUUUAUGAAUAAUGAAAAGAAAGAAUUAACAAAAGAAGAAAAAUUACAUGAAUGGUUAGAAUAUGAAUUAACAAAUCAAACAAAUAUUAUAUCUGAUGCAAUACAUUUAAUGCCUAUAUAUUUUACAAAAAAAAAAACAAAUCAAAAAAUAAUAAAUGAAAUGUUACCAUGUAAUAAUGAUAUUAUGUCAAAGAAUCAAAGUAGUCAUAAUAUGAUGGAUCAAAUGAUAAAUAAAAAAUUAAUGAGUGAAUCAAUAAAUAAACAAAAAAUCAAUAAUUUUCCAGAUUUACUAAAUAAUAUUAAAUAUUCACAAAAAGAUGAUUUUUUAUUUAAAGAAAAAAUGUCAUACAAAUUUAUGGAAUUGAAAACUAUUAAUCCCUUACAACAAUCAAAUAAAUAUAUGACCUCCAAAAUAAACAAAAGAAAUAAUCAUAAAAUAACAAACCAUUUAGUACAUAUGCUUGAUGACCAAAAUUAUUUGGAGAAAUUAAGAGAUCAAAUUUUAUCAAAUAAUAAUCCAAAAAAAAAUGUAAAAAGUAAUUCUAUUUUCAAAAAGGACCAACAACAAGAUGAAAAAGGAGAAGAGAAAGAAGAAAAAGAAAAAGACGUUGAUGAAUUUUUAACCCAUUUUGUUAGUACGAAUGAAAAUUUAUUUACACAUGUUUAUUAUAAUAACACAAAAGAUAAUAACGAUGUUGUUUCAAACUUGUCAGAUAGGUUAAAAGAUGAUAAUAAUAAUAAUAAUAAUAAUAAUAAUUGUAGUAGUAAUGCUAAUGAUGAUGAAAUAAAUGAGAAUAGUAAUAAUAAUUUCUUCUUAAAUCUCAUGAAAUCUAAAUUAAAAAAUCCAUUUUCUCUUUUAACAACAUUGAGCACAAAAAAUAAAGAUGAUACAGAAAAGAAAACAGAUAAUAUUGAUACAACAAAUAAUAUAGAUAAAAACAAUUUUCUCAAUUCAAAAAAUAAUAAUAAUAAGGAUAAUAAUAAUGAUCCUAUCAAACAAAAUAAAAAUAUGAACGAUUUAAUAGAUAAAAAUAAUUUCAGCUAUAAACUUUAUCUACUCUCAUUAAUGCAAGAAAAAAAUAAAAACUUACAAACAAUACAAUUAAAUAAUUCACAUUUAAAUACAAAACAAAAAAAUAAUGAUCAUACAAUUACGCUUAAAGACAAAAUCGACAUCUCUUCAGUCAAUUUAUUCUUUUUAAAUAAUUACACUAUCAAAUCCGAGGAUUGCAUUAAUACAUUUUAA